UGUGCACGCUUUGCAGAACUAGAUAUAUAAAUAUAAUCAGACGUUUCCACCUCUUUUAACAUUUAUUUUCUUCAUUUCCUCUCUUUCUUGAAUAUUCAAUUCCAGGUCUCAGCUUUGAAUCAUAAGUGAAAAUGAAGAAGGUGGUGUUGAAAUUGGACCUCCAUGACGACAAGGGGAAACAAAAGGCCAUGAAAGCUGUUUCUGGCUUAUCAGGAAUUGAUUCCAUUGCCAUGGACCUGAAGGAGAAGAAAUUGACAGUAAUUGGAGAUAUUGAUCCUGUUGAUGUGGUAAGCAAGUUAAGAAAGAUUUGGCACACAGAGAUUUUGGCUGUUGGACCAGCUAAAGAGGAAGGCAAAAAAGAUGAAGGCAAGAAGGAAGGAGAGAAAAAGAACCCAAAUGAACAACAGAUGACUGAGCUUAUGACACUUUACAAAGACUACUACAACAACAAUCCCUACCCAUCUCAGUAUGGUUACCGAGUGGUAUGUGCUGAGGAGAAUCCAAAUGCGUGUGCUAUAUGUUAAAGAAAUAACAUGGCGGUGACUGGUGAGAGUUUUGAGAGAGAGAAAAAAUACAACUUAGAAGCACAUCGAAGAUGAACCCAGAAAAAGAUGCCAAACCAUGUAUUUUUAUUGGUUAUUCUUAUGCACAAAAGGCAUAUAAAAAAAUUGAUUUAUCUACUAAGAAAAUUUUUACUAGUAGAGAUGUAAUUUUUUUAAAAAAAUUAUUUUCCAUAUCAUAAUAAAAAUAUCAUGCAUGAUUCUAAUUCUACAA